GAAGUCAUGUUAUUACUGCCUGGGUCGUAUUCACGUCUUUUUACGCCGACAGAAUGGAAGACUUGGAAGAUGGGGAGCUCUCUGACUCUCACUCAGAUUCAGAGAUGAAACUCGCAACUGAAGAUCAGGCGCAGAAACCACACCCUCCUGCCUUUGAUACCCAGUUUUUCCAAAAGAGAAGUGAACCUCAGCCACCUGUGGCCUCUGUCACCCAUUAUCGUAGUGCAGCUGGGAUGGACUCUAGUGACAAUAGUGAUACGGACUCGGAUGAAGAAAAAGUUCUGUGGAAAAGAAAGAGACAGAAAUGUUCAAACACCCCAGCCCAGCCAGUGGCUUUUUCCUUUCCACCUGCUACCCAAAAGUCCCCAGGACACAAAGUGAACAACAUCUGGGGUGCAGUGGUUCAAGAGCAGAAUCAGGAAGCUGUUGCUGCUGAGCUGGAUUUUCUUGGAAUGGAAGGAGAAAUUAGCAUGAGCUGUCGGCAGUCUGAGACUUACAAUUAUGUUCUUGCAAGAAAGCUGAUGGAAAAGGAAAGACGGGAACAAGCAGGCGAGGAGAUGGCUAAGCUGGAUGAAGAACUGGAGGAGUAUAUGCAGGAUGGAAAAACAGAUGGUAAAACUGAACAAGAAAAUGGUACCGGGCAUCUUAAGAGAAAACGGCCUGUAAAGGACAGGUUGGGUAAAUUACAAGAAAUGGACUACAAAGGUCGUUGUGAGAUCACAGAAGAUGACGAUGAAGAAAAGGUCAUAGAUGAAAUUACUUACCGGUUAAGGGAACCUAAAAAGGAGCUCAUUGAGAGAGUAGUAAAAACCAUUGGAAAAAAGAAAGCAAUUGAAUUAUUAAUGGAAACUACAGAAAUAGAGCAGAAUGGUGGAAUUUACACAUUGGAUGGUAGCAGGAGGAGGACACCUGGGGGUGUGUAUCUAAACUUGUUGAAAAACACUCCAAGCAUAUCCCAUAAACAGAUUAAAGAAAUAUUCAUUGAUGAAACUCAGAAAGAAUAUGCAAACAAAAAAGCUGCCAAGAAGCGGCGACGCCAGGUACUAGGGAAGAAAAUGAAACAGGCUAUUAAGACCCUCAACCUGCAGGAACAUGAUGAUGCUUCAAGAGAGACUUUUGCCAGUGACACUAAUGAAGCGCUCGCUUCUUUAGAAGAUUCUCAUGAAGGUCACACAGAGACUGCAAUAGAUACAGAAGAUGCUGUAGACAUGUAUAAUUCAAAUGACUUAGAAAUCUUUUAACAGGAAAUGACUUUCAAAAGAAAUAUUCAGAUAACAAUCAUCACUUCUUUGCAAACAAAAAUGGUGAACACUUUGUAAUCCAAAUAUAGAAAUAGCUUUUUACGUGCUUCCCAAAUGUCUUAAACUCCAGGCCUCUAAAUCCAACAUAUGUUACAUUCUGUUUAUACAUUGUUUUGUAUAUCACAUUGAAUACAUUGAGAGCAAUGUUGUUUUAAUUUUGUUAUUAAAAAGGUGUACAGAUAAAUAAGUGAUAAAGAAUUAACAGUCACAAAUGAGCACUUGCACUCAUUUCUGUCCAAUACCAUGAUGCACUAUUGUAAAUAGAAAAGUGAAUUCCUUUAAUGCAAUGCUCUGUUAACAAGGCUAAAAUGUCAGUAACAUUUAUGUGUUUACUGUGUUAUGCAGGGCUGACUUAAAAUCUCCAGGCUUAAAUAACAAGAGAUAUGUUGUAUUGCUUACCUAAAACGGAACUAAUUGAGUUUUGGAAUAUUCAGAAUAUCUCAUUUUAUGUGGUCAGAAUUGUUCAACACUGUACUUGAAAACUAAUUUGAAAAAAGGAAAGCAAAUUGAGGAACAUUGACUAUUCAAUUCCACGUAGAUAUCUGGAUGUGUGAGUGUGUUUGACAUGAGUUAUAAACAAACUUUUUUUCCACAAAUUCUACCAAAACAAAUGUGUAUUAAGUGUGUUGCUCAGCUUAUUUCACCAAACAGCACUUUUUGUCUUUUAUUUCUUUGAAGGUAAAUAUUCUUUGUGGGCAAAGGAAACAAUUGCAUUCAUGUUAUUGUAUCCUUUACUAAAAUUAAUGUGUUUACAGCAAUUCAUUCAGAUUUGUCUUCAUUAUGUAAAUUUUUUUUAGCUUUUGACUGCUUGUGAAGGUAAUUAAGCUCUUCCAAUGUCAAUUAAGCAAAAUAAAUUUUAUUACCACCAUUAAGUGCAGCAGACCAAUGCAAAGUCAGUGUGUCUCUGUUUUAUGCUCUAAAAUGAUACUGAUCAAAAUUUUAAUAGCCUGGGAGAAAGCGUUCUUAAAUCUGUUAAUCUUAAGUCUUGGGUUGGAUGGUGAAAUGUAGAAUUUUCAACAAUACAAUUCUCAGAAAUGACGAAUCCAGAGGUUUCAAAGUAAGGAUCACAAUUUACUAGUAAUAGAAUUUCACUGUACUCUGCACAUGUGACAAUAAACUUAAGCUUUGAGUAAAUA